CCACCCAUUUCUCUCUCUCUGACCUCAACUGGUCGCACGUCCUCUCUCACUGGAGUCGGACACAUGCAACUUAUCGUUUGAAUAUCGAUGGAGCUGUAGCGCACGCAAAGACGGAAGGAAAGUUUUCCACAUCAGUUGGCCAGAAGAAGGCUUUGCAGUGACCUGAGCUUCAUCCUCGUUCCUCUCGUUCAGAACCACGAAACAUCUCAUCCCUAAACAUUUCACCUGGACCCGUCAGGAGCAAACAGAGACAUAUUGAAGCCCCAGUCUGGGAUUUUGAAGAAAACCUUCCUGAAUGAAUGAGUGGGAGGGCCCCGAGAUCAAUGUGGUGGGACCGCUGCAAAUCCCAUCCAGCGAUGAGUUCUCCAUCUCUGAGAGCGCCCACUUCUUUGACAUACUGGCAGAUCAAGGCAGUCCUCUUCUGCAGGACCCUGACAUCCUACCAUUCACCACUUACCCCAGUAUGCAGUAUCCAUCCCUGGAGCCAAACAUGUCCACCACUCCAUACUACUCCUCUCAGAACUAUUACCCUCCAUUCAGUGGAGACGAAUGGUACUCACACAUGGGCUUAUACGAACUGAGGAAAGGACCCCUGGAGGGCAACUAUGGGACUGAAAUGGACGAGGCUUCUUCUGUUGUGCCGGCUGUUUGCAAGAGGAACCGGCACCUGAACCAAUCUGGAAGGAUCAAGGGGGAGGAACUGUGUGUGGUCUGCGGAGACAAGGCCUCUGGAUACCACUACAACGCUCUCACCUGUGAAGGAUGUAAAGGCUUCUUCAGACGAAGUAUAACAAAGAACGCCGUGUACAAGUGCAAGAGUGGCGGCAACUGUGAGAUGGACAUGUACAUGCGCAGGAAAUGCCAGGAGUGCAGGCUGAGAAAAUGCAAGGAGAUGGGCAUGUUGGCAGAGUGUCUGCUGACAGAGAUCCAGUGUAAAUCCAAAAGGCUUCGCAAGAACACCAAGACCUCCCCGGGGCGGUCAACGGGAGACGAGACAGAGGGGGUGGACAGUGCGGACAACAAGCAGGUCACCUCAACCACCAAGCUGUCAAAGGAAAAAGUGGCAAUUACUAAAGAGCAAGAUGCACUCAUGAAACUCAUAGUGGAAGCUUACAACAAACAUCAAAUCCCCCAGGAUGUUACCAAAAAGCUGCUACAAGAACAGUACAGCACAGAGGAAAACUUUCUCCUCUUGACAGAAAUCGCAACAAGUCAAGUUCAGGUUUUGGUGGAGUUUACAAAGAAUAUUCCAGGGUUUCUGUCUCUGGAUCAUGAAGAUCAGAUCGCUCUGCUGAAGGGUUCUGCUGUGGAGGCCAUGUUUCUGCGUUCAGCUCAAGUUUUCAGCAGGAAAAUGCCAAAAGACCACACUGAGGUUUUAGAAGAGAGGAUACGGAAAAGUGGUAUAUCUGAAGAAUUCAUCACGCCCUUGUUUAAUUUUUACAAAAGUGUUGGUGAGCUGCACAUGGUGCUGGAGGAACAGGCUCUCCUCACUGCAAUAACCAUCUUGACCCCAGACCGGCCGUAUGUGAAGGACCAGCAAGCUGUGGAGCGGCUGCAGGAGCCGAUGGUGGAGCUUCUGAAGAAGCUGUGUGUUCUGCAGCAUCCGCAGGAGCCGCAGUACUUUGCUCGCCUCCUGGGCCGCCUGACGGAGCUGAGGACGCUCAACCACUAUCAUGCAGAGAUGCUCACAUCAUGGAGAGUGAACGACCACAAAUUCACCCCGCUGCUCUGUGAGAUCUGGGAUGUGCAGUGAAGGAGCCUGGGAAGAAGAGAUGGACAUUCCAGCUGAAAGGCUCCCGGAGUGGAACCAAGUUCAUAAUGGUAGACAAACAACCAGUCUGCUUUGGUUCUGCCUGACUUUAUGAAUAGGGUAAGGUAAUAUUAGUGUAUUAUAGCAGCUUUUCCAUGUCCAGGUUUUAUCAUCAAUAUUUGGCGUAAAAAGCUGAAAUUUUGAAACGGAUGAGUAAAAGAAGUACAAACACUGGAAUUUUGUACAAAGCCAAGAAGGUGGUUGUAAGAGAUUUAGAUUAGUGUUUUUCGAUGGCCUCAUUUUUAUUUUAUGCACAGAAAUGUAUGUUUUAUGUACUUGCCUUGAUAAUCGACAUUCCCAGGGAAGCAUUUUCAUACAACGGAGAAUACAUUAAUUACAGCACAUAUAGAAAAAUGUACCACGUUUCUUCUAGUAAGUGUGGAACUUUCUAAAUUAUUAUUGGGUGGCUGAAUUUUUUUUUUCAAAUAUUAUCCAAAUGUCAAAUUAUUUAUUUCUUUUAUGAAAUAAAUUCUUUAUUUAAUCUCACAAAG